UUAUAUUGGCAGGACAACUGCACUGUGCCUGUUCACGACAAACCGGCUUUCGGAGUACAAUACUUGCAACCAUUUCCGCGGUUGUUGGCUUGUAUGCGUGCGUCUAGCUGCUCUCAGGCGCCUGGAGUGGCAUCUGCGCCACCUCCAGCGCGCCUGCUGCCGCGACUUCCCAUAGGUUGGCAUUUGCCAGUCGUGCCGGUCGCGGAGCAAACCGCAACCGCAUUGAAAGGCUUUUCGACGUGCGAUGUGCGGCAUGUGCGGAAUGCAGCUUCGUCAACCUCGAGUGAAGCCUCCCCGGUCUUCCGCCACCCGGGGGAGCUGGACCUCAGCCUGCGCGAGUACAUGGUGGUGCUGGAGAAGCCGGUGGGGCUGACCCUGGCGCCCGACCCGCGGACCGGACAGGUGGUGGUGCAGGACAUCAAGGUCGGCUCGCCGGCACACAAGUGCGGGCUCAUACAGGUGGGCGACGUGGUGCAGUCGGUGUCGGCGGUGUUUGGUGACGACAUGUGGGCAGCGGCCGACAUACGCCGCGUGCGCUGGGCCAUAAACAGCCGCAUGGGCGACGUGCGACUCAUCCUGGAGCGAUGCAGGCGGCUGGGCCACGGCGGCGCCACCACCUCCUGGUACAGCAGCGGCAAGACGGGUGUGGCGACCCGGGAGCUGGCUGGCAUGCAGCUUCCCUUCGCCUUCACCAGCCCCUCGCCCGACAUACUCGGCAGCAGCACCGCCCUCCUCAGCGGCAGUAGCAGCGGCCUCACCAGGAGCGGCGGCAGUAGCAUGAUCCCCGCGGCCACCCCCACAGGCAGUAGCAACGGCCUCGGCGCAAUCCCCGGCCCCAGCAGCACCACCAGUGCCGCCGGCUUUGCUACAGCCGCCGGCGGCCUCGGCGCAGCAGCCGCCGCCGCCGCCGCUGGUCGCGGCGGCGGCUCCACGCCGUACAACAGCCUUGCCUCCGUGUCGGGCGUGGGCGUGGGCGUGGGGCUGGCCGACGGGUCAUUGCUGGUGGAGCUGCCGGGGGCGGGGAGGAGCAUGACGGUGUCCUUCCAUCGCAACACGGUGACCCAGCCGCCGCCCAGCCGCCGCGCCGCCGCCGCCGUGGCCGCGCGCGCCGCCGCACUGGCCCGGCUGCGUCGGGAGCUGCAGCAGGCGCGGCACAUGCCGCGACUGGACCUGUCGGGGCAGGGGCAGCCCAGGGCUGUGACGGCGGAGGCCUUCAUGGGCAGCCUGCCCUCCUCCCCCUCCUCCUCCGGGGCCGCCACCCGCGGCGCCACCUCCCCCGGCGCCAAGUCGCCCUCGCCCUCCGGCUCCUCCACCCCCGGCGGCAGUAGCAGCAGCGGCGGCGGCAGUAGUAGCAGCAGCAGCAACAGCACCAGCAGUAGCAUGAAGAGCUCGGAGGCGGCGGCCGGCAUGGCGCCGCCGCCGCCGCCGGUGGUGGAUGUGGUGGCGCCGGCUCCCAGCAAGGAGGACGAGGGGGAUGGGCCGGUCGGGGGCGGCGGCGGCAGUAGCAGUGGAGGCGGAGGCGGUGGGAUACUGGGGCUGAGGUUCGGAGGGGCAGGCGGCGGCACCGGCGCGCCGGCAGCGGCAGCGGCAGCGCCGCCGGCUCGCAGCGCGGGCCCCAAGGAGCGCCGGGUUGUGAGUGUGCUUCCCUGGCUGCUAGUGGCUCUGGGCCGCCUGGAGCACCGCCACAUCGCCCACAUCGCCUCCAGCCGCAGCCUGGGCGCACUGCUGGAGCUGUCCCUCACACGCAGCAGCAGCAGCAGCAGCGGAGGGAGCGGUGGCAGCGGUGGCAGCAGCGGAGGAAGCGAGCCGGCGGCCGGCGCCGCAGGCGCGGCGAGCACGAGCGGCAGUAGCAGCAGCAGCACCACCACCGGCAGUAGCAGUACUGGCACCACCACCGGCACCACCAGCAGUAGCAGUAGUGGCACCGGCAGCAGCAGCAGCAGCAGUAGCAGCAGCAGCAGUAGCGGCAGCAGCAGUAGCAGCAGCAGCAGUAGCAGCGGCGGCUACUUGGUGGUCCGGGGCAGUGACCUGGCGCCGCUGGGGGCGGACAUGGGCCGUGCGUCGUACGCGUCACUGCUGGCCGCGGCGGAGGCUGCCGGCAACAGCUGCGCCCCAAGCAGCUCGGCGGCGGCCCGCGGCGGCGGCGCCGCACCCGCCACUGGCGGCGCCGCCGGGCCGGUGCCGACGGCGCCGAUUGGACCAGCCAACGAGGCGCCGCCGCCGCCGCCGCCGCCCGGCUCUGCCGCCGCCACUGCCGUACUCAUCGACGGCCCUGACGCCCUCAAGGCCUCAGCCGGGGCUGUAGCCGGCAGCAGCAGCGCCGCCGCCACCCCCAGCCUUGUCGAUGCAGCCCUGGCCGCCGGCAGUAGCGCGAGCAGCAGCGGCAGUAGCACGACCAGCAACAGCGGCGGCGGCGGCGGGCUCGGCAGUAGCACAAUGGCCUUCCUCGGCCGCAGCAUCUUUAUCAACCUGCGUCCCAGCUUUGGCGGCGCGAACCCUGCCAACUCCUCCAACCCCUCCACCAACACCAACAGCCCCCUCCCCUCCUCCUCCUCCUCUCCCUCCUCAGCCUCCUCAGCCUCCUCCUCCUCCUCUCUCGCCUCCUCCGGCUCCCGCGGCGUCGGCCUGCCCCGCUACGACGCGGCCCGUGUGGCGCACCUGCUCAACGCCGCCGCCUCGCUGCAGCGGCUGGCGUUCCGGCGCGGCGGGCGGCUGCACCGGGCGCGGCGGGACGCGUGCGCGGUGCUGCUGCACUGCUGCGACGAGGGCAUGGAGUCUGACGUGGCGGUGCUGCUGGCGGGCUGGCUGCACUGGUACGGCAGGCUGCCGCUGCAGGAGGCGGCGCUGGCCGCCGAGACCGCGCUGGGCGGCGCCCCGGUGGACACUGCCCUGCUGGAGGCGGGCACCGCCGCACUGCUGGCGGGCGGGCGGGAGCGCUGCAGCCGCGUGGUGCUGACGUGGAAGUACGGCGGCCUGAGCGCCUACGUGGCGGGGGACGUGGUGGCCAGCUGGGCGGCACGCGUGCCCAUGGUCCGGUGCAGGUCGCCUCUGGGCUGCAAGGGCGACACGCACCCGGGCCACUUCUUCCUGGAGGUGACGGGCCUGCCGCCGGGCGCCUACUUCUACAAGUACAUCGUGGACGGCACCUGGGCAGUGGACAGCCUCAGCAACAAGGUGCUGGACAGUGCGGGCAACUGGAACAACGUGCUGGUGGUGCCCGAGCCGCCGCAGGUCCUGACCAGCCGCGAGGGCCUGGCUCUGGCCCGCUGGCAGGCCGCCCGCAUGGCGCUGGAGGCCAAGAUGGGGCUCACCGGCCCCGGCGCCUUCAUGCAGCGGGGGCCGCACUAGCAGGCAGGCAGGCGGCAGCAACGGGGGCAGCGGGAGCGGCAGCGGGGGCAGCAGGCCACAUGCCGCGACACACUGCAGCGGCGGCGGCGGCGGAGCUAGGGAGCAGCAGCGGCAGGAGGAGCGGGGGCGGCGGCGGCGCACAGUGGGCGGCGGGUGUUGCGGUAUUGCACAGGUUGGGGUGCCGCGGUUUUGCGCGACGCCGCGUGCGGAGGUAUCAGGAGGUGGCGCGAAGCACCCGGGCAGUGCAACGUGGGGAGCAGCAGAGGGAGGUACCCAGGAGCAGGAACAGGUUGGGGUGCGGGCGGUGCAGGUGCAGAUGCAGCCGCAGGCGUGGGCGUGGGCGAGGGUAAGGUGGUGGUGGUGGUGGUGGUGGUGGCAGAGCGGGCGGUCGCACGCCGAGUCGAGAGUUGCGGGCAGCACCACAUGGCAGGCGCAGGGGUUCGGCAACGAGUGCACAGGCGCUGCACACAGGACGGCCUGUUCACUAGUGCCCAGGGGAGGAAGGCAGCGGGGUGUGCGUGUGCGAUGAAGGUCGUGUCGUGUGCACGGCGCGUGGCGCUUGGCAGCGAGUGCUGUUACGUCGUCAGCGGCGGAGGGCAGGAGCCUUGGCUGACGGACGGAGUUGGGCCGGAGGGAAUUGCAGGUGGGCAAGGGAGGAGGCGCAGGAGAGGCACCCGUGUUCGUGUUAGCUAAGACUUGCGAGAGACCACGUGUCUUUGCGGUGGUGGAACGGGAUCACGAAUGGGGCACCGGGUGUGUGUGGACACACAUGUGCAUGGGCGUCCCCGCAGAGCACAACGCGGCAUUACUCCGCACAUGUGUGAUCAGGCGUUCGUGGCUGGGCGGCGAUUUGUGGGCAUGCACUGGGGCGGCUAACCGUGCUCCCGAAACCGACCUAGUGUGAAGGUCUGUAAUGCGAGAUACCAUUCCACUGAGCUACUCAGUAUCGUCGCACCACACCGCCAGUACAACGCACCAGUAGGACGCAGAUCUGAGCUGCUCAAUGCUGCAGUCUUACCACCGAGUGUUUGGGUUAGCCGCAGAGCUUAAGGCUGAGCCAAUUCCGAUAGGGGCAACUCAGUACAGGAUACUUGGGCCCUGCUGUUCCACACGACGGUGCCCGUACCAUGGUGCUAGGUAGUGCCAUUGACCCGUUC